AUGCACAUCGCUACUGCUGGCCUCGGCCUCGCCUUCACGCUCUUGGCGCUUAUACCUGACACCCUCGCCAACUCAGCCAUCCAUUCUCGGCGCGGCUGCCGUCCUUUCCAUGCCGAUUUCACUGCUCCGAACCCACAAGGCGCCUUUGACUCUGGAUUCUCACUUGUGGAUGGAUCAUAUGCGUUCACCAACCGCGGCCUCGAGUUGUAUCUCAAUAAGCCCGCCGGGCAGGUGACAACUUCGAAUGGAACAAACGAUAAGGUGGGAUGGGGUACCACGAUCAACUCGACUGUGCCGUUCAGGACUGGCAAAGCGACCUUCGAAGUCUCCUCGCCGUUGAUCAGCGGACUGGUUGUUGCGGGCAUUCUCAUAGGCACUGACACGGCUGACGAGAUCGACAUUGAAUUUGUUUGUGCACAGCACAAGACCUGGCAAACCAAUCUUUUCGUGGAACCACCCAACUCGCCACCAGAGUACAACCUCGGAUUCAGCACAAAAGAGCCUGUCGACAGCAUCGACCAAGUUCAUUCGUAUAGCAUCGACAUGAAUGACGCGAGAAUCCAAUGGAGUCUUGACGGGAGAGUAUUCAGAGUCUUGAAUAAAGAAAACUGCAUGCGGAACGGGUAUAUGCACUACCCUACGCACGAAAUGAGACUUCAGUUGGGUAUUUGGGAUGCUAGCGGGCCAAGUCGUUCGACAGCGUCGUGGGCAGACGGUCCUGUUGACUGGGAGCACGCUCCGGAUCGUGUUUCCGCAAUAUAUCGCGGUGUGACUGAACCACGUGAUCGUAUAACUUUGAUGUCCUCACCCCCAUGGGCACCAGACUCUUCUCCGCCCUCCUCCCCCAAUACCUACGGUGACUCUUCCCCGCCAGCGUCUCCUAGAAUUGACCCCGACUGCCUCGUUUCUCUGCCUGCUGGCCAGUUCGAUCUCUACGCCGCCUCAGCGAAACCCUGGAUACCGCCUGACAGUGAAAAGGGCGUCAAAAGAGCCAAACGACUCAACGAUUCUCCAUCACGUGAAAGGCAGGAGAAAAAACGACGUACAGAGGACUACUUGGAGGAUACCGUCGAGAUGAUGCCCUUCACACCGACACCAACACCGCGCCAGUCGACCGUCCGAGCAGAGGACGCAGAAGCCGCAAUUUGGGACAAGGCGGCCUCGGAUCUCAUCGAUAGUGGAAAUGGGAGCAUCCUUUUGGAUGGUUGUAAUUUGACCUCGAUUCCGAUGAGGUUUAUCGACGAUCUUGGCGCAUUUUUUGCUCCGUUAUACGUCCCACCACCACCGCCCAACCCAGUAUUACUGCUAGGUUCGACCCGCACGUUCAGUCGGGUAAAGACAGCUCCAGCUGUUUUGGGUCCCGGCUCCUCUCGUAUCUCUGGCGAAAUAGCGCUGUUUUUAGGCGUGAACCACAUCAAUAUUCUGCCGAAAGAGUUAUUCCAGGUGGAGAAGCUGACAGUUCUCAGCCUACGUUCCAAUUGUCUAACAGUGCUCCAUCCGGAUAUUCGUUUUCUAGUAAACCUUCACACCCUAAACAUCGCCAACAACCAACUAUCGUAUCUUCCAGCCGAAAUUGCUCAAUUACGCCUCCAGAAUCUGAAUGUCUUCCCCAACCCUUUCCUCAGCACCGACAGCAUGACGGUCAUUCCACAUGGCACGGGUUUCGUGUCUCGAACACAGAGACUCUUGCCGCGUGUGACUCCGCUCGUGGAGCUGUGUCUGCGCAUCCUAUUCACCUCCGACUUGCCUGGGGCCAACACCGUGAACGAUAUUCAUUCUCGGCGUCUAGCCAAGUACUACGAACUUCCUAUUCUAGAGAACGGCGAAGCGACCAAGUCACCUCCGCCAGGGAGGAAGCGUUUCACACAGGUCAUGCCCAUUUCACUGCGACGAAUACUGGAUGGGAUACACCCCAACAGUGUUUUCGAUUGGGAUGGCAACCUCUCCGCUGAGCAUGAUAUCGAACUUGGGGUCUGCAGUUCUUCUAAACAUCCUCACAGUCGUCCGUCCGUUUUUGUCAGGCCUGCUGAGGAGCGAUUCUCGUGGGAGAAGACGGUUGCGGGUGUAGAUCUUGGUGAUGUGGUGCCAUUACGAUGGCAAGGGUGUAACAGUGGCUGUCUGUCGUACCUAGGGCCAGAAGAGGAGCAUGCGGAGGAGGCAGAGGAAGAUGAGUUGAGGGUGGUACCAGGAGAUUUGCAUUUGGAUUUUGAUGAUGAGACAUAG